AUGUCCUCACCAGUGUUUGGGACUGAGAUAUCAGUACUGGAGGGAACCUCUGUGACCCUUGUCUGUACAUACCCUGGGGCUAAAAAGCUUGACAAAUGCUGGAGCAGAGCAAGUGGAACCUUUCAGUGUACUGAUCCCAUAAAGGAAGAGCAAUCCAAAUAUAAAGUUAAUGCUGGAGAUGGAACAGUAAACCUCACCAUUUUAAACAUUCAGCCUGCAGACAGUGGGAGCUACUGCUGCACAGUCAAUGUCCCUAGAUGGUUCAAUGAUCUUAUACAAAUCUACAGCCUGAGGGUAGUCAAAGGUAAGUGUUGCUCACUACAUUCUACAGGUUAUCAAUGGGUUUUGCUCCUCAGUGCAGGUGUCACCUUACAGUAGGAAGGAACAUGAAGGUUUAAAGUCUUCUUCUCCAUGUAUGAAUGUUGUAUUUCUGUAUUACUAUUGUGUUUCAGUGUGUUCUCUCACUAAGUCUGUACUGCUGGUAAUGUCCUCUUGCUGCCUAGAUGUGCUUUAUCCUGUGUCCCUUUCUGAUGGUCUGAGUGGUGAAAUACAGUAUGUCUUGGUUACAGGUUGUGAGAGGGACCUACUGGAUGGAGUGGAUUUUCUGGGGAACAAUGUUGAGAAUAAGCCAUUUACAACCAAUAAUGCAAGUCAGUGCAGGCAGAAAUGCACCAACAAUGACAAGUGCCAGUUCUUCACAUUUGUUGGGGAAAAGGCAGAAAUAACAGAACACAGGUACAUGCUCAAAAAGCUUCUUUUUUUGUGCUUGGGCAAAUAAAGGCAGCAAUAGAUGUUUUAGAUCAGCACCAUUCUGAUAACUACUACCACAUUCUUUGUGAUAUUUAUCCCACAGCAACAAGUGUUUCCUGAAGGCCUCAACUGGUGAUACACCCAAAAUUACAAUACAACACCUCCAACAUGCAACCUCAGGCUACUCUCUGAGAAACUGCAGUGGUAAAGGUGAGUACAUACAGUUAAUGUAUAUUUGAGUUUGUUUUGGCCAUUGAAUAUCUAGUCAAUAUCUAAUGAUCAGAGAGGUAUACUUCAUUAAUAGGCCCUAUUAAACAGGAUAGCAUAGACAUGGAUAUCAAACUGUCAUGUUGUGUUUCUGUUUAUUCCAUCAUCUCUGUUGAAGGUGUAAGUUAUCGAAUAUCAUCAAGCAUCAGAGCUCUUUAAACAGAGCCUUUACAGACCAAUGAUGUGUGAAGUUCAUAUUCUGUAGUCUAUAGAAUACUAUACAGUACUAUCACUACUAUGUAUUCACUUUUAGUCAUUGAUGCACAGGACAUGUCCAUAUUCAUCAAACAAAUUGGUUGGAGGUUGGAACAAGUUUGCGAAUGUAUCAAUUUGCCACUGUCACAUGCUCUAUAUUACUCUGCUGUCAAACAGAAUGUGUUGCCUAUAUUUUAGAAUAGAUAGUGGAAGCUAAAGAUGGUCAUGUUCGCCACUCAACACAACAAGCAGUCUGAUAAGCAUUUUCCUCUGUAUUUCAAACAGUCACCUACUCAGCCCAAAAGUACAGCCUUGUCCCUGAGAUGAAAAACUGGACCGAAGUACAAGAGUACUGCAGACAGCGCUUUACAAACCUGUCCAUCAUACAAACAGAAGAGGAUUGGAGGGCAAUUAAAUCCACUUUGGGUAAUUUCAAUGGUGAUGUGUGGAUUGGGCUCCAUAGAGAGAAGCCUGAUCCAAAUGAAAAGUGGAAGUGGUCUGAUGGAGAGGACUUCAUGUUCUUCAACUGGGGAAAUGGCUCUGGUGACCACACCAGGGAUCAUGACUGUGUCUUGUCUAUUUCAUCUCACUGGGUACCAGUGUCGUGUGCAUCUCCAAGACCGUAUAUGUGUCAACGAGGUAAGGACUCACUCACUCACUUUCUUUCAUCAAUGGAAAAUCCAACUUGUCAUUGAACAAAUGGGAUUGAUUGCACAACACCUACUGUAAUACUGUAUUCUUCAUCUAAUCAGAUCUCAAAGCACUUUAUAAUUUAGGUUAUCACCUGUGUCUUCCAAGUUUAUUUCUUAUUGUGCGAAGUCAUUAACUGUCUCAUGAAAUCUGAUGUGUCAGUUUUCAUCUUCCCUCCUAUAAGUUCAUCAUGGUAAUGGAACAACAGAGAAGGUAUAUGAGCUGAUGACUGGGCCAAAGGACCAGAAUAAUUCUGUGACAGACUGCAGGACAAUACAAGGCAGAGAAAUGGCGAGUAUCUGUAACCAGAAAGAACAGGAAGCCUUUGAUGAGGUGGCUAAGCAGGAACAAAUCUGGAUUGGACUAAAGAAUGAGAACAACACAUGGAAUUGGUCCAGUGGUGAACCAUUUCAGGAAUGGGACAAUUCCAUGGGAGGUGGAAACUGUGUAAAGCUGAACUCAGAAAAUGGCAGAAAAUGGCAACCAGAAAAAUGUUCUACUCAAAGAGCUUUCCUGUGCUAUGGGGGUAAGUUGAACCCUGUGAGAAUGUUAUCAAACUAGUGUUGACAGUCAGUCAUCAUCUAUGACAACGUUGUGUUGAAUCUACACAAAGAAACUCCAAGUUUUAAAAUUAGGAAAUAUUUUAUGUAAGUGCUUUGUUUUUGUUUCAUUGAUCAACAUGAUAGAAAACAGGCACUUAUAUGUGUGUAUUCUACUUCAUUCUGACACAGAUGAACGUCCUCUUAACACCACUGGGGAUUUGUCCACUCCUGCUACCCCUGAAACCACCAGCCCUACUUCAACUGGACCUCCCUCUAGCAAGACGUCCACCACACCACCUACCACUACUAACAGACAGUCCACCACCUCACCACCUACCACUACUAAUGGACAGUCCACCACCUCACCACCUACCAUUACUAAUAGACAGCCCACCACCUCACCACCUACCACUACUAAUAGACAGUCCACCACCUCACCACCUACCAUUACUAAUAGACAGUCCACCACCUCACCACCUACCAUUACUAAUGGACAGUCCACCACCUCACCACCUACCAUUACUAAUGGACAGUCCACCACCUCACCACCUACCACUACCAAUAGACAGUCCACCACCUCACCACCUACCAUUACUAAUAGACAGUCCACCACCUCACCACCUACCAUUACUAAUAGACAGUCCACCACCUCACCACCUACCAUUACUAAUGGACAGUCCACCACCUCACCACCUACCAUUACUAAUAGACAGCCCACCACCUCACCACCUACCACUACUAAUAGACAGUCCACCACCUCACCACCUACCAUUGCUAAUAGACAGUCCACCACCUCACCACCUACCAUUACUAAUAGACAGUCCAUCACCUCACCACCUACCACUACUAAUGGACAGUCCACCACCUCACCACCUACCAUUACUAAUGGACAGUCCACGACACCACCAACCUCAACUUCCAGUGGACAACUGACCUCAUCAGGUCCCACCUCCCCAGACAGGAAGCCCACAUCCUCCCCCAGUAGUACAACUUCUCCACUCCAUCCUGGUGAGUGUCAGACAUGGAGCUACAUUCUGUACCAAUCUGCACAAAGAUGUACAAGUGACAAUUGUUGGGCUUUUAAUGGCAGAUAAGGCAGUAAGUGUAUUUGUAUUUGUGGUAUUGUGUUUAUGAACUUGCAUUUACAUGUGUGCAAUUUCAUGUUUGUGUUUUGUCCAUGCAGAUUACCUGCACUACUUCAACGAGUCCAAGAGCUGGAUCAAUGCCCUGGAGUUCUGUAAAAGUCGUGGCUCCUCAUCCAACCUGGUGCACAUCACAAACCAGACCGUGCAGGCUGACGUGACCCAGCUCCUGGCCAACGUGGAGCUGCCAUGUGGGGGAGUGUGGAUUGGUCUGGAGCGGUCCAUCUUUGAGUGGACCGCACCCUGGCUGUGGACCAGUAGUGCUGUUGAGAAGGUGGUGGAGCACAGACAGUGGCACAGCUGCUUCCCCCUCAACCCCAUCAAUUACCACUGUGGUAAGAUGGUCCGGGUUGGUAAUGGAGAACUGAAGUGGCUGGAUGCUUCCUGUCAUCAGGAAUUACCCUUCAUCUGUGAAGGUGUGUUGCUCAACUUUGGAGCUCCUAUUUUAGAGCUUGUUCAGUGGGGUGGAACAUUCAAAACGAUGCAGAUAGACAAAUAUUGCAUAGAACUGUCAUGGUUUACUGCAGAAUAGAGAUUGACUGUCGUGACUCUCAUGUAAGCUCUAUGCAAUGUAUUACUUUAUGCAAUGCUCUGAUUAUACCUCCCUAUUGACUAAGGCUCAACCCACAUUCCAGACAUCCACCCCUCUACAGUUGGCUACUAUCUGCACUGCUCUUUACUCCCUUUAACUCCCUCUCUUUUACAUAGUCUAGACUCACUCUACUAGUAAUAGUCUUUUGAAUCAGCCAAAACAUAAUGGCAAGGCCUGGUCAUAUAAGAUACAUCCAUGUCCUCUUAUCAUGUAUAUGAUGUUUCAACAGAUCUCCACUAG